AUGAUCAUUACAACAUGGAUUGUGUACAUUCUCACCCGGAAAAGUCUAGGGCUCCCCUUCCCACCCAGGAAGAACUCGGACAUUGAAGUUGUGGAAAGUGAGGCUGUAUCCAUAGUACAGCAUUGGUUAAAGAAAACAGAAGAGGAGGCUUCCCAGGGCAUAAAGGAGAAGAUGUCCACCAACUCUCCCUGUCAUGGCCAAGACAUACAUGUGACCAGAGAUGUGGUGAAGCACCAGCUGUCAAAGUCUGAUAUGUUAGCAAACCAGAACCAAGAGGUCAUGGAGGAGAGAACAAGAAUCCAGUUCAUAAGAUGGAGCCACACCCGUAUCUUCCAAGUGCCAAGUGAGGUGAUAGACGACGUCAUGCAAGAGCGAAUAGAGCAGGUGAGGCGGAGCAUAUCCCACAUCACGACUGACUCAGUUCCAAGCUGCAGAUCUUCCUUCACAGACUGCUAA